AUGGUGUCCAAGUCGAUCAUCUUCUGCUUCGUCGCCGCGUUUGGCGGUUGGGUCUUUGGAUAUGACAUCGGUUACAUCUCGGGAUGCCUGAUCAUGGACCCGUUUAUCGAGAAGAUGGGCGAGUUCAAGGACGGCGCGUGGGUGCUCGAGCCACAGCGAUUGAGUAUUAUCACAUCGCUUCUUUCGGCCGGUACGUUCUUCGGCGCCAUCCUGCAGUCGUUCACGGCCGACCGCCUCGGACGGAAGUACAGCAUCAUGGCGUGGGGAGCCAUCUUCACCGUCGGCACAAUCAUCCAGACGGCAUCGUUCGGUUUCGUUCAACUCACAGUGGGCCGUUUCGUCGCUGGUCUCGGUGUCGGCGCUCUGUCCGCCAUCGUGCCGCUGUACAUUGGCGAAGCGGCACCCAAGAAGAUCCGCGGCACCCUUCUCGUCCUGUACCAGGUCCAGAUCGUCUCUGGUCUUUUCCUCGCUUACAUUAUCAACUUUGCCACGCACAAGAUGACCAACGACGCGGCGUGGCGUAUUCCCAUCGGCCUCCAACUCGCAUGGGGCUUCGUACUUAUGAUGGGCGCGGCGAUCCUCCCCGAAUCUCCCCGCCUUCUCCUCGGAAAAGGCCGUGAGGAAGACGCAUACAAGGCGAUUGCCAGCCUCAAUGACUGUGAAGUGGACAGCGACAAGACGCGUGAAGUGGCCUUGGAACUAGAGGAGGCGAUCGCGGUCGAAAAUGCCGAAGGCAAGGCAUCGUGGCUCGAAUGUUUCUCAAUCAAGAACCGCAUGUUCCACCGCACCAUGAACGGAAUAAUGAUUCAGUUCCUACAACAGUUAAACGGCCAGAACUUUUAUUACUACUACGUGCGUCUCAGUCCCAGAGGUCUUACUGAUGUCCAGGCUCCGGUAUUUUUCAAAAAUGUCUCCGGGUCCCUCAACUCUUUCACCAUCCAGCUCCUCCUCGGCGGCGUAUCCUUCGCCAUGGUCCUCCCAGCCAUGUGGACCAUCGAGCACAUGGGCAGACGCUCCAGUUUACUCAUUGGUGCAGCCUGUAUGGCGGUUUGCGCGCUUGUGGCCGGUCUCGUCGGCCACUAUUACACCGACACGCCUGGUGUUCCAGCCGACAAGCAGAAACUCGGCAGCAACGUCCUCGUCGCAUUUGCCAUUCUCCACGUCUCGUUUUUCAGCUGGUUCUGGGGCCCUACGCCGUGGGUCUUGCUGGGAGAAACAUUCCCGCUUCGUGUUCGUCCCAAGGCAAUUGCGCUCGGUGCCGCCUCGAACUGGUUCUGGAACUUUAUGCUCGGUUAUUUCAGCCCUCUGAUCGCCGACGACAUCGGUCCUCUUAUCCUCCUGAUCUUCUUCGGCUGUCUCGUCGCUGCCCUGAUCUACGUCUACUUCUUCAUCCCCGAGACGCGUGGGAUCACUCUCGAACAGGUCGACGAGCUGUACCGCUCCGGCACGCCCGCAUGGCGCUCGACCACAUGGAGGCCCUCGGAGCGGGCCGUUGUCACGCACGACGACAAGGCCGACCCCGAGCGUGCACACCAGGAGCACGUCGAGGCUGCGGCCGUGCUCUCCAAGCGUCCGUCGCGCGUGUAG